UGGAAACCUAUCCAACCGGGCAAGGACUAUACCUGACAUUUACCAUGUCGAAAGACGAUAUCAAAACCAUCCCCACUGGCGAACAGCCAGUCUACGACAAGGGCGAAAUACUCGAAGCCAGUUGUGAUGAAACAGUAUCCCGGCUCAAAUGGAAGCUAGACCUGCGUCUUCUGCCCCUUCUAUGUCUGACCUACGCCCUGCAAUCCAUCGACAAGACGACCCUGAGUUACGCUGCCGUCUUCGGCCUCGAAGAUGACCUGCAUCUAACAGGGCCAGAGUUCUCCUGGCUAGGCGCACUCUUCUACCUAGGAUACCUGGUCUGGGAAUUCCCGACAAACAUCAUGCUCCAGAAGCUCCCUAUCAAUCACUUCAUGUCGGGAACUGUACGUCUUACCCUCCUGGUCAUCAUAUGGGGCGCAGUCCUUAUGUGCCACGGCGCCUCACAUAAUUUCGCAAGCCAGGCCGCGGCACGUACAUUCCUCGGUGCGUUCGAGGCUUCGAUAAACCCAGGUACAAUGCUUCUCUUCUCCAUGUACUACUCGCGCAGUGAGCAGCCUCUCCGCAUGGGCAUCUGGAUUGGCUCUGCCGGUCUGGGCUAUGUGAUUGCCGGGAUUGCGAGUUUUGGGAUCGGUCAUAUACACUCUGCUAUUGCCAGUUGGCGGCUGCUGUAUAUUAUAUGGGGUGCAAUUACCGUGGCGUGGGGAGUUGUUCUCUUAGUCUCCCUGCCGGGUUCUCCUCUAACGACGAGGUUUCUAAACGAGGGUGAGAGGGAGUUAGUCCUGGCUAGGGUCAGGAAUAAUGGAACCGGUGUUGAGGAUAAGAAGUUCAAGUGGCCGCAAUUUAUGGAGGCAAUGAUGGACCUGAAGACGUGGCUGUUGUUUCUAUUUGCGGUGGCUAGUAAUUCGCCGAAUGGGGGGUUGACUUCGUUUCAAGGGCUCAUUAUCAAAGGCAUGGGAUUCUCUACGUUGAGAACAACCCUUAUCCAGAUGCCGUCUGGUGCUGUGCAACUUAUCAUCUGCCCUCUCGCCUGCUUCUUCGCAACCCACUACCCCAACUCCCGCAUUCUAAUAAUGCUCCUCUGCAUUAUCCCCUUCCUAGUCGGCGUGCUGGGUCUAUGGCUCCUCCCCUCCUCAAACCCCUACGGCCGACUCGUUUGUCUCUGGAUCUCCUUCGCAUACACCGCCGCCUGGACCCUCUGCAUGUCCAUCGCAACGGCAAACACAGCAGGACAUACGAAGAAGAUCACUACAAAUGCCAUGGUGAUUAUCGGGUACUGCCUUGGAAACUUCGUGGGCCCGUUCUUCUUCAAAAGUGCGCAGGCGCCGGUUUAUCAACUGGGUGUUGGCAUGAUGUUCUUUUGUAUUGGUGUGCAGGUUUUCUCUCUACUUGGGUUGUGGGGACUGCUCUGGGUCAGGAAUUGGAAGAGGAGGGCGGUUUAUAGGGACAGGGGGGUUGAUGAUGGGGUUCGCCAGAUGAUGGCGUACGAGAAGGGAAUGAUGGAUGAGACGGACUUGGAGAAUGAAUAUUUCCAGUAUUGUUUGCUGUAG